UUCAUUCGAAGAUCCUGGAUAUUUGUUUUCAGGAGAUCCGAUCCAACAGUACUCGAUAAUUGUACUCACUCGUUUUGUUUCACGUGUACUUCUCAAUGGCUGAAAUAUGCUGGAAAGUGUCCGUUGUGUUUGCAAAAAGUGGAAAGGUUUUGGCAUCACGCAAACUUACCACCGUCCGAACGUCCGGUAGUCAUAGUUGCGGAGUUACGAGCAGCGGCUGAAGCGGAACGUCUUGCUGAGCGCGGUCAAUCCCAACCACCUCUUGAUGAGCAGGAAUGCAUAAGACUGCGAAUACGGCGCUUGCAAAGGAGGCUCGAUUAUGUACAGAAACAAAUGAACGGCAACGCUCGUGUAGAUCGGUCUUCUGAUCUUUCGAAGACCAAUGGUCGGCUAGUCAAUGAGAUAUCUAAACUGGAAAUGCUGAAGAGAGACGUGACCACAAGAGGGGACCUCGUUGGCAACAUUGUUUUCCGCUCACUUAUUUAUAAGGACAAGCUCGAAUGGAGCUCUAUUGAUCGCAAUUCGAUUAGGGUGCCUUUUUCUCCUGAGGUAUUCAGUGCUAAUGUUGCGGAGUCUACGGAGAGACUCAAAAGCUUUUUGGAUCGAGAGCUGCAGAUUGUGUGGCGCUGUAGAAAGCCAAACGAAACUAAAGAGGAUUACGCAAGAGGACGCAGCGCUGUUGCAAGGGAGAUCAUCAUUUGGUGUUCAGAGUAUCAAAUAAAUUCACCGCAGUUUUCGCGCAAUCUCCGUUUAAUAGGAAUUUUUCCUGGUUACCUGGAACGGUUCCAGUCAGAAUUGUUCGAGUUUGCAAGUAGUAUGCUAUCAUUGAGAGAUUUCGACAGAACAAGUGCAUACAGUUCACCAGAGCUUAGACAAGCGCUGCACCGAAGGAAUCGUAGAGGCAACGGUAGCCAAGAUAGUGGACGAACUCAUGCUCGGCUCAACGGUGAUGGCGAUGAUGUGAUCGUUCUGAGCGAUAAUAAUCCAUCAGACGAAGAACCAUCAUUUCCUCGUGGGGAAAGCAACUAUGUUCGAGACGAAGCUACGUCAUCAAAUUCUGAAGCCUCAAAUGCUGGAGACUUCUACACUCGGCCAGCUUGUCUCCUUCCACAAUAUCCUCGUCCUUCUCGUGCAAACCCCUUGCAUGUGGUUGAUGCCUUCGGCUCUGCUCGCGACCUAUGGCAGCAUCUCUUUACACCAUUUGCUUUCCCGGCAGAUGGACGCCACAACUUCUUUCGUGCGUUCAACAUGCCUUCUUCUAUAGAUGAGCAGGAUACCACAGUGAGUUGCAGCAUUUUCCGGCUGCAGUUUGUGAUUUGA